GGACUUCUCGUAUCACAGACGAGUCCUCCUCUGAAUGCGGUGGAGCUGUUGGGGUAGGAGAGUAGUAUAGUAUCAGUAGUAUAGAUAGAAGAGCCGUGCGCGCUCGGGAGAGGAGAGGAGAGAGGCAGGAGUCCCGGGGCUGUACGGGGAGCAGCGUACCGCGUACGUACGCGCAUCCCACCGGCUACACGGGCCACCGCCGCGGGUACAGGGUGUCAGCGGGGGCGGGCGGGCCCUUUUCUGUCGCUCUUUCUGGUGCGGGCCUUCAAUGCGUCGUCCUGGUGGCUGCUGAUAUCCAUCCGCCCUCCCGGACUCCUCGGCCGAUCAGAUUCGGUUCUGUUACUCGAGUUCGCCGCGGAAAGAGGGGAGGAGAUAAGAGGGAGGAGGUUGGGGCCUGAGCCGGGAAGGCAGGCAUUCUGAUCCGGAUUCAGCUCCUGCAACCUCUCAGCCGCCUCGAGGAAGGAUACUUGAGAAGCCAGGCUGCUGCGGUUUUUUUUUUCUUCAACAAGUUUCAGGGAUCUGUUUGAGACUGAACAGACCCUUGACCUCUUUGUGCAACACUCAUCUUCUGUACAACUUGUGGCAAGAAUUUGGCAGCAAAUGGGUCGAGGAAUCACAGCGAUUCCUGGCCUAAGGUCUCUCGGACGCGUUUCUUGUGACUUCUGUUCGAAAUUUCACUUCAACAUGUGGUUCAUGCUAAUCCAAGCUUCCAAAGUUGGAAUCUGAUCACUUGUGACAGCGUUUCUCCGUCUCCUCAGUUCCAGCAAUAUGGACACGGAGAACUCCUGGGUUAGGAGGACUAAGUUUUCGCACACCGUCUACACAAGGGUUGCUUCCCAUGGGGUGCAUGUGGCUCCUCUUGGCAGAGAUGUGGAGCAGAGACUUCAGAGAUUUGUGAGUAUGGGUAAGUCUGUGACGAUGCCCAUUGAUCGAGGCAAUGAUGAAAGAGUGGCUGCGCUGAAGCAUACUGCUAGUCUGCCAUCACUCCGAUCCUCACUCCAGCCUAAUGAGAAAAAGGCCAGCAAGCAGAAGAUGAGUUUGGAGAUUCCUUUGAGCCCUCCGGCAAAGUCUGAGAAAUCCAAGGCCCCAAGGGCGAGGAGCCUGGUCAAGAGCCCAAGCUCGAUGAUGCUCCUUAGCUACUUAAAUAAUGCACACACAAGUCAGGGCUCCAACCUUCGUCAAAAGGCUAAUGGAUCUCAUCACAAGCUGAGAUCCAAGUCCCCUCUUCCCAGCGUAGUGCCUUCAGAUACAUUCAGGGAAGCGAGGGCCAGCAGUCAGAGGUUCACAAGCCCUCCCCCGAAGCGUGUGGGAUCUGAUAAAAGUGUCUAUGGCAAAUCGCUGGGCAGGGAAGGGUGUGAUAUGGGUCCAAGCCCUGAUUGGUGUUCGACUCCGGUGGUCUCUGAUAAGCACAAUUCUCAGAAGGAUAGCUCAUGGACCAGAAGAUACUUUGACAAUGGGGGAAGGAGGAGGGUUAGUGCAGUAGAGACUGUGAGGAGCCGUACAGUUAGCAUGGCUCAAGCGGUGCAAUCGACAGUUGAUUGGGAACUUGAUCCAACCAAGCUGCUUGUUGGCCAUAGGUUUGCUUCUGGGGCACAUAGUAGGCUAUACAGAGGACUUUACGAUGAUAAGCCGGUUGCCCUUAAAUUUAUCCGCCGGCCUAAGAAUGACGCUGGUGGGAUAAUAGCUGCAAAGCUUGACAAACAAUAUAACACUGAGGUCAAUGCAUUGUCUCAUCUGCAUCAUAAGCAUGUGAUCAAGCUUGUAGCAGCUCAUAGAGUUGGACCGGUUUAUUACAUUAUUACGGAGCUUCUUCCUGGAGGUUCCUUGAGGUCAUACCUGCACAACCCAGAGCACUGCCCCCUCCCUCUGGAGAGGACCAUAUCCAUCGCUCUGGAGAUUGCCCGAGGGUUGGAGUACAUCCACUCUCAGGGAGUUGUCCACCGCGACAUUAAGCCGGAGAACAUCCUUUUUGAUGAGAAGUUCGAGGUGAAGAUUGCUGAUUUCGGCAUUGCCUGUGAGGAGACGUUAUGUGAUCUGCUAGUGGACGAUGAGGGCACGUACCGCUGGAUGGCCCCUGAGAUGCUAAAGCGCAAGCCGUACAACCGGAAGGUGGAUGUAUAUAGCUUUGGACUGCUGCUGUGGGAGAUGGUGACCGGAAGAAUUCCUUUCGAGAACCUCUCCCCGGUCCAGGUGGCUUAUGCCGUCGCGAAUAACAACAAGAAAGCGAUGGAACCUGAAGAUUAUUGCCCGGCAGCAGUGAGACCCCUGAUUGAGCAGUGCUGCGCAUUGCAGCCCGAGAAGAGGCCAGAUUUCUGGCAGAUCGUGAAAACCCUGGAGAAGAUCCAGUCUGUUAUGUCGCAGGGCGGCUGCCUGGACGCGCUGAGGAGCAGUGACCACAAGAAGGGGCUUAAGCACUGGAUUCAGAAACUGAAACCAUCACACGGCGCCUGAGCUCAGCCUUCUAGCAUCGUUUCGACCGUUAUUUUAUCCGGUUGGGUAUGCUCCCCUAGUCUAGGCCUAGCGUAAGAUGAUAAGCUUUUCGAUUUCGUGUUUAAAAUUCUAGUAUGGAUGCGGAUGUUUAUUAGGUGAUCUACAAUUAGUUUUUAUUGCAUUAGUAGCUGUAUGCCACAUAUCAAACUUAUAUGUUAUCUCGUUCGCUCUUA